ACUUCCUCUUCAUCUUCAACAAGAGAGAAAAAGACGAAGUGAAACCACGAUGACCGCGUUCGAAACGUGGUCUCACCUCGGGUCGGUGCUGGCCGGGCUGAUGUUCGCCUGGGCGGUGUUCAAGCAAUACUUCCCUCCCCACCUCCGCAUGCACAUAGAGGCCUACGCGCACAAGGCCGUGGGCCAUGUCUACCCAUACAUCCAGAUCACAUUCCCGGAGUUCGCAGGCGAGCGGCUCGAGCGGUGCGAGGCCUACUCUGCGAUCCAGAACUACCUGAGCACGAGCGCUUCAGCUAGGGCCAAGCGGCUCAAGGCCGAGUCCGUCAAGGACAGCCAGUCGCUGGUCCUAAGCAUGGACGAGAACGAGGAGGUCGUCGACGAAUUCGAAGGGGUCAAGCUCUGGUGGUCGUCGAACCUGAUCGUCUCCCAGAAGCCCACGUUUUCCGUAUACCCUUCACCUGAAGAUAGAAGGUUUUAUAGGCUGACCUUCCACCGGAGCCAUAGGGACUUGAUCACCGGCUCUUACAUAAAGCACGUCCUGGAAAAGGGGAAGGCUGUGGCGGCCGACAACCGGCAGCGGAAGCUCUUCACCAACAACCCAAGCUCGAACUGGGGCCACUACAAGGCGAGCAAGUGGAGCCACGUGGUGUUUGAGCACCCCGCGACUUUCGACACCCUGGCCAUGGAGCCUAGCAAGAAGAGGCAGAUCAUGAACGACCUCCUCAAGUUCCAGCAAGCGAAGGAGUACUAUGCGCGGAUCGGCAAGGCGUGGAAACGUGGCUACCUUCUCUACGGCCCGCCAGGGACUGGCAAGUCCACGAUGAUUGCCGCGAUGGCCAAUUUCCUCAACUACGAUGUGUACGACCUAGAGCUGACCACAGUCAAGGACAACACGGAGCUGAGGAAGCUGCUGAUCGAGACGUCUGCGAAGUCGAUCAUAGUGAUCGAGGACAUUGACUGCUCCCUCGACCUGACUGGCCAGAGGAAGACAAAGAAGCAAGAGAAAGACGAGGAUGAAGAGAAAGCGGAUCCUGUCAAGAGAAUGGUGAAAGGUGGGAACGAGAGCAAGGACAGCAAGGUCACCCUCUCAGGGCUCCUGAACUUCAUCGACGGGCUAUGGUCGGCGUGCGGGGGCGAGAGGAUCAUCGUGUUCACGACCAACUACGUGGAGAAGCUCGACCCGGCCCUAAUCAGGAGAGGGAGGAUGGACAAGCAUAUCGAGAUGUCGUACUGCUGCUACGAGUCGUUCAAGGUGCUCGUGAGGAAUUACCUGGACGUCGAGUCGCACCCACUGUUUGCGACGGUGAGGCGGUUGCUGGAGGAGACGAAGAUGACUCCGGCAGACGUGGCGGAGAACUUGAUGCCCAAGUCGGACGACGAGGACGAGGAGGCUUGCUUGGAGGGAUUGAUCGAAGCGCUCGAGAAGGCGAAAGAGGACGCCAGGAAGAAAUCGGAAGAAGAAGAAGAAGAAGAAAAAGCAGCAGCAGCAGAAGCACCGGCAGCUAGCGCAAUGACUGAGAAAGAAGAGCAACAGAAAUUGAGUGAAGUGAAGGAGAGUGACGUACGUUGACCGAGUUGACGCCGGGUCAAUGCCGCAGUCUGUCGUUUUCUUUGCUUGGAGGGAAAUAAAAAAGAGAGAAAAAUGUCGGAACACGUCUCUUUCCAACUCAAGUUUAGGAAAUGGGAGUUCACGAGAUCCUUUACGAUCCCUGUGACCUCGUUUGCUAUCCCACUUUGGAACAAUUUACCGA